AUGUCUCGAGCAAUUCUUAUCCUCGCCCUUUUCGGCUCAGCAGCCGCAAUGCUGGAUCAAUCCAUCGCUGUUGAAGGUAAUAUAAUACUUACACUUCAAAUGAUAAUUCCAAUAGAAAUAUAUACCCCAAAAAGAGCUAGACCUGGCCGGAAUUCCAGAAAAUCUGACUGAAAACGCCAAAAAUGGGGUAUUCAUGAUCAAUAAAGCUAUUGCAAGUUUAAAUAUUUGUUGCCUGCUAGAAAAACGUGGAGAAAUUUGAACAAAUGGAAGUUGAAAACUUUUGAAAAACUCGGAGAAGCUUUAGGGAUCUCUUAAGAGGUUUCUCAAGAACUAGAUGGAGAAGGCGCUUAAGUGGCCAUUAAAACCACCUCUGUAGAUGCCACUUUUUGCGUCGUAGGGAACACUAUAGUGGUUAUCUUUUUAAUGACUUUUAAAACGUCAAAACCCUAAUUUAGCCACUAAAAACCUUCCGCAGAAGCUUCUAGAAAAUGUUGUAAUAAGACAAGAAGCAUCAAAAUUUCUAUACUAUUAAAAAUUUGAUAUUUCCAUUCAAAAAUAUCUUUUUGGUUUUUUUUUUUUUUGAUGGGAAAUAGCCUAUAAAUUCGCCUCCUAACGAUAGUUUAACAACAUGCCGAAAUUCUUUUUCUAGGUUACUUAACAAAAAUCCGAAACUUUCUGAAAAAUUCCUUCUAGGAGCAGUUCAAAACCCAACACUAGUUCAAAGGCCACCUUUUCAAAAAGUUCUUAUGUUUCAACUGAAACUAACCUACUUGUGAUGGUAGCCAUUUCCACUGAAACCCUACCAUGAACUCCAUAAUCUCACCACCAAUCUUCCUCCAGGACGACUAAUGUGUGGUCCGAAGCCGGCGAGCGGGGUCCGCAUCAAGUUGUGGGAAGAAGACACCGGACCGGAUCCGGACGACCUCCUCGACGAAGGCUACACCAACGCCGACGGCGAGUUCAAGCUCGGCGGCUACACGGCCGAGUUGACGCCCAUCGAUCCGAUCUUUAAGGUCUACCACGACUGCGACGACGGGAUCAAGGUUAACAUCAUAUCACAAGUCUCAAAUGAACUGGAAUUUGCAGCCUGGCUCCCGAAAGGUCAAAUUCGCCCUUCCGAAAUCCUACAUCACCAAGGGACAGACACCAAAGAAGGUCUUCAACAUCGGUUAGUGGAUGAAUUAUUUUAAUCUAAAUCCUAAACCCUACUGCUUUUUUCUCAUUCCCUAGUCAACAUAUCAAUAGAGAGAGCAAUCGGAAAAAAAAAAUCCCAUUUCUAAACUUUUCUGAGACUCGGUCUGUCGACGUCUAUCAUAAUACUUCUGAAUUUCUAACCAAAUCGAAGAUACCAUCAGUUCCCACCACGACACUCUACCAUUCCUCAAAUUCCAGGAGUCCUGAACCUGGAGACCAUCUUCCCGAAGGAGGAGCGCGAGCUGAUCGUGACAAGACGUCGCCGUGACCACAACCACUACGACGACCCGAAGGUCCACAAGACCGCCAGACACAACAACGAGAACCGGUACGACGACUACGGCGAGCGCCAUCAUAACCGUCGGGCCGUCUUGGUCGACGAGCCGGGAACUCUGCACCACACGGCCCGUUCCACCAUGGUGGUCCACGACGAGAACGACGCCAACCUUCUGGGCGGCCGUCGUCCCAACGUCGCCCCAGAGUACGAGGGCAAGAGGGUGAUCGCCAUCAACUACGCCGACCCGGACAGCGCCAACGUUCUCACCGGCCAGCACACCGAGCUUCUGGUCAAGCCGGACACGGUCCCUCGUGACGCUACUGUUUUCGUCGAUGCUGAAAGACGUCAAGUAGUUCGGGCGGAUCGCACCGACCUGGGGACUAUUGCCGAGGAACGCCGUCGGGAAGCCGAGGCGGAGGCUGCCGACCGGGCCAAUCUGAGAAGGGCCGAAGUGGCUAGAGUCACCGAGGACAGCAGUAGCGAGGAGGUCGUCGACCGCAAGUCGCAGCGUCGAUACUUCUAA